UGAAUCCUAUUUUCUUCUACUUUUAUUUUUGCAGCUGGAUGCUUGUAAAUACCUUGUUUACUGAAAAAAAAUAAAAUAAAAUAAUUCUGUUUGGCGAGUGUUUUCUGCGGAGAUUUGUAUCUUUUAUUUGAUGCAAGGAGAUGUUUUAAACUGGGCAUAUUUACGAGUAUUUUACAUUUUCUAGAUGGUAUACAAAGAUUAUACAUAUAUUAUACAUCUGCUGGCUAUUUUUAGUUUAAUCAGUUGGGCGGACGGCUAUUUAGGUUAAUUUUUCUGAAAGCAGUCAUUUUAGGUGAAUCUUGCCGAGGCCGGACUUGAAAAUGGUUUCUGAAUUGAUAAAUGCCAACCCCAUUGUGUAUGAGAAGAAGGAGCGUCAACCUAGGAUUGCUCCUCCAAGUGUGGAUGAAAAUGCAGCUGAAAUUAUCGACCAGCUAGAAAUUUUUGACUAUCUUAGAGAUAUAAAAGAUCCAGAACAUCCCUAUUCUCUGGAAGAUCUAAAAGUUUUAACAGAAGAUAGCAUUGAGGUAGAUGACGAGCAAAGCUAUAUAAGGGUCACAUUCACGCCUACUGUGGAACAUUGCAGCAUGGCGACCCUUAUUGGAUUAUGCUUGCGUGUGAAACUUAUGCGGUGUUUACCUUCACGUUAUAAGAAGUCAGCAAUUCCCAAAAUCAGCGAGUACUGGAGAAGACAUUCAUACCUGUUAAGGUGGAUCAAGCAUUACGUCACAUGCUGCUAUCUCACUCUCUUUCUUUGUGUUUCCUUAGAACUGUCGAUGACUUUAACCUCAAAGUUGUUUCCUUCGACUUUGAAAUUUUUUUCUUCUUUUUGUGCUUUAAAUACUUUUGAGGUGAUCCUGUAUGAUAUGGAUAACCUAUAUCAGACGUGAAACCCGCCUCUCGAUGUUGUUUCAACAUUCUAGCUGCAUUUUUAAACUACAAGAUUCAAUGACUUCUAUUGGAAAUCAUUUACUUUGUUGGGAUAUUAUGCACUU